AUGUCUCCUCCCCCCCCUCCUGAGUUGGAUGGAAAUAGUCCAAAUGAGGGAAGAUUAGAAAUAUGUAUUAAUGGAGAUUGGGGAACUGUUUGUGAUGAUUUGUGGACACGCACCAAUGCUCAGGUAGUCUGUAGACAACUGGGAUACUCUAUUGAUGGUGCUGUAUUUCUUAGUAGAGCAUUCUUUGGUGCUGGGAAUGGGUCCAUAUUAUUAGAUGAUGUUGUUUGUUCAGGAUCAGAAGAUACAAUACUUCAAUGUAUGCACCGUGGUUUUGGGUCUCAUGAUUGUGGACAUGAUGAGGAUGUAAGUGUGCAGUGCUCAGAAUCAGUAACUAUAGAAGAAUUUGUUGAUAAUGUCACAGUGUGCAAUACUGAACUUGAUAGCCAACUGUGGUCAUUGAUGAGUACCAGUGGUAGGUGUGAGCCUUACAUUAAAAGAGACUCUGAAGCUGGAGUUUGUGAUGACUUUUAUAUUCCUGGUACUGAUUAUGUAUACAUUCCAAAUAGGCGUCUUGGAGGCUCUCAGAAUCUUUUAAGACAAUUUUCGGAAGAACUAUAUGAGUACAUUCCAUCAAUACCAGCCCGCUGUCGUAAUAUUGCUAUUAGAGUUCUGUGUACUCACUAUUACUUGCCCUGUGGUUUUAAUGGUACCCUGCAUGUUCCACUUCCUUUAUGUCCUGAUGUGUGUCGAUACUUGUCAGAAACAUUGUGUCCUGAUAUUUGGUCAUUCACUGCUAGUUAUCUUACCUCUGAUCAAAUUCAUCCUGAAUACCGAAAUGAUGAGGGAAUCAAAUUGCCAUCAUGUAACAAUACCGAUAAGCUAAUUGAUUUUUUGAAUCUCACUAGUGACUGUUGCUCUAAUGGACGUGUUUCACUACCACAACCAACUGUCACAAAAACCAAAAGCCAUGAUUCAACUAGUACACCUACUUCCUCAGUUAUCCUGUCAGGAACAACUACUACUAUCAGCACUAUAGUAACACUAGAAUCAACUGUAUCUUUAUCAAUGGUCAUUCCUAGUGCUUCUUCAUUUAAAUCGACAUCAGUUAUAAUCCCAUUAGCAGUAACUAUUCCACUAGUUUUAGUAGUAGUAUUUAUAGCAGUGUUAUUCAGUGUCUGUUUGAUUAAGAGGAAAACAAAGAUAAAGCAAAGGAAGAUAGUGCUGCAUGAAUCUCAGCUUGGCUCCAGGCCUUCAUUAUCUCCUGAUAGCAGUGAAGACAACAUUUAUAAUUCCAGUAAACGAAUUAAUAUCUCAUCAAUGUACAUGGAUCAGUUAUCAGAUUAUAUAAUAUCAGGAUCAAUCAUUGAAAUACAAGAAACUGUUGGACAAGGUGAAUUUGGGAUAGUUUAUCGUGGUGUAAUGACAAGUAGCACUCAAUCGCCAAAAGCAGUAGCUGUGAAAACAUUAAAAGGUUUUUAUAAAGAGAGCGACAUUGAGUCCUUACUGGAUGAGUGCAUUAUAAUGAUGUCAUUCAAUAAUUUAAAUGUAUUGCCACUGAUUGGUGUGUGUCUUGAUCUUGGACCAGCUCCAUACAUUAUCAUGCCUUUCAUGUCAAAAGGAAGUUUAUUGUCUUACCUCAAGAAAGAGAGAUGUAAUCUUACAGUAGCUGAUACCAGUGAAGAGGAUAUUAUACUGAAUGUCAGAAAACAGUUACUCUCCAUUUGUUUACAAGUUGCCAAUGGAAUGUCUUACUUAGCUUCACAGAGGUUCAUUCAUCGUGAUCUUGCUGCUAGAAACUGCAUGAUUGAUGAUAAUGGUGUUAUCAAAGUAGCAGAUUUUGGACUAUCUGAAGACAUAUAUGCCUGCAAUUACUUCAGGCAACUAAAGGGCAGUGAUAAUAACUCAGGAUCAUCAACAGUUAAAUUACCAGUGAAAUGGAUGGCAUUAGAGAGCCUUCAUGAUGGACUGUUCUCUGAAAAAUCAGAUGUUUGGUCUUAUGGUGUUCUUUGUUGGGAAGUGUUUAGUCUUGGUAAGGUACCAUAUCCUGGUCUGGAUCCAAUAGGAGUAGUGGAGUUACUGGAUACUGGUAAAAGAUUGGAGCCUCCACGUAAUGCAGCCUGCUCACAGGAAAUUUACUUGCUGAUGUUUUCCUGUUGGUCUGAGUCUUCUAUUGAUAGGCCAGUGUUCAGUGAUUUGGUAUCUUCAAUAAAAGCACUCAUUGAAUCAUUAACUUGUUGAUUUUAUAUAUACUGCAUGACAUGAUAUUAGUUGCAUACAUUGCAUAGUAAAAUAAAUAUGCACUUGUUCAAUGUAUAUGUUUUUAGAAGAU